GUGGCACUCUCACCCUUUGCUAAUAAAUCCCUGUGCACAUGUGUUUGGCCAUCACACGCGGAGCUGCCUACCCAGACCAGAUGCCGGCCGGCCCGGGGCUCGUUUUGGCCGUGUUGCUAUGCACGUUAGAAAUCAGUGUCCUGUCCGCGAAGCCAACUCCCAGACCUUUUAAAGGCCGAAGAUAUGAUAAAAAGUAGCUUAUCUUGGAAAUGUCAAGUUCAUUGGAGCUGGAAAUUCAAUGGAGAAACAUGAAGUUGAAGAAUUAAGGAGAUACAGCCAUGUACAGUUCUCUGGACCAGCAGUCCCUGACAUUUUUUGCACCAAGAACUGGUUUUGCGGAAGACAGUUUUUCCACAGUUCUGUCAGAAAGCCAAAAAAUGGGACUGUCACUCCACUGCCCAUAGACUGCAAACUGAGCCCCUGGAGUGAAUGGUCGCGGUGUGACCCCUGCCUGAAACAGUCGUUUCGCUCCAGGACGAUUGAGGCCUUUGGACAAUUUAAUGGGAAAAAAUGCUUGGCCAAUCUGGGAGACAGACGGCUGUGUGUGCCCACCGAGAACUGUGAGGACGCUGAGGAGGACUGUGGAAACGACUUUAAAUGUGGAACAGGCAGGUGCAUAAAGAGGCGACUUCUGUGCAAUGACGAUAAUGACUGUGGAGACUAUUCAGAUGAGGACAACUGUGAAAAUGACCCCCAUAAACCCUGCCGUGACAGAGUGGUGGAAGAGUCCGAGCUGGCACGGACAGCUGGCUUUGGGAUCAACGUCUUAGGGAUGGUUCCCCUGAGCACGCCUUUCGACAAUGAGUUCUACAAUGGCCUCUGUGACCGUGUUCGGGAUGGAAACACCUUGACCUACUACCGCAAGCCCUGGAACGUGGCUACUCUGAUCUAUGAAACCAGAGCUGAUAAAAAUAUGAGAACUGAACAUUAUGAAGAACAGUUUCAAGCACUAAAAUCUGUCAUCCAAGAGACAACAUCACAGCUGGAUGCAUAUGUGUCUCUAAAAUUCACACCGACUGAAAAAUCUAGGGUGCCUGUUGUUAUAUUUCAAAAUUCUAAAGAAGAAAGCCCCUUGCCACAUAAAGAUCCCCCAGGAAGUUUUAAAAGCUCAUUUCAAUUUACAUAUUCCAAAAAUGAAUCUUACCAUCUGUUGCUGUCAUAUUCUUCUAUGCAGGGAAAAAUGUUUCUGCGUGUGAAAGGAGAAGUUAAUCUGGGAAGAUUUGUGAUGAGAAGCCGGAAUGUUGUGCUGACGUCAACCUUCUUGGAUGAUUUAAAAAACCUGCCAACCACCUAUGAAAAGGGGGAAUAUUUUGCAUUUUUGGAAAUCUACGGAACUCACUACAGUAGCUCUGGGUCUCUAGGAGGACUAUAUGAACUAAUAUAUGUUUUGGAUAGAGCUACCAUGAAGGAAAAAGGUAUUGAACUAGAGGAUGUAAAGAGAUGUCUCGGGUAUCAUUUGGAUGUAUCUCUGAAUGUUGGAGUUGAACUCGGAGGACAGGUUCAUAAAAGUGAUUGUGUAAAGAGGGGUGAUGGUCGAACUGUAAACAUCACCAGCGAGAGCAUCAUCGAUGAUGUGAUUUCACUCAUCAGAGGAGGAACCAAACAAUAUGCCCUUCAGCUGAAGGAGAAGCUUCUCCGAGGAGCCAAAAUGGUGGAUGUGACUGACUUUGUAAAUUGGGCAUCUUCCUUAAGUGAUGCUCCAGUGCUCAUAAAUGAAAGGCUGUCUCCUAUAUAUAAUCUGAUUCCACUGACAAUAAAAGGUGCAGACCAAAAGAAAGAAAAUUUAGAAAGAGCCGUUGAAGAUUAUGUCAAUGAAUACAGUGCAAAAAAAUGCCAGCCAUGCCAAAACGGGGGCACUGUGCUUCUGCUGGACGGAAAAUGCGUGUGUACUUGCCCACUCACAUUUGAGGGAGUUGCCUGUGAAAUCAGUAAACGAAAAUCUUCUCCAGAAUUGUCACUUGGAGAGAAAAGAGUUGUCGGCUUCUCUGGGAUCACAGGGAAGGGAAAAGCUCAGGAACACCAGGAUUUCGAGUGAAGGUGCUGCCCAUGGGGAUCGUCCUUGCUGCCAAAUGGAAAGCGACAUGCUUCACGAAGUUUCUACCAACCUCUGCAGUCUCCUCUCUUAGAGCCAUGAUGCUUCUUUUCCUCCUUCAACUCCUGUGAUAUUUCCAUUUUUCUUUUCACUAAGGAGAAGAGGCAGCAGUGAGGCCUGCUUGCUCCCACAAGCAAUGCCAAUCUCUUGCUAACAAAACAAAAUUAAAUUGAAAAGAGAAUGUUGGUUAAAAAGACUAAAGCAAUUGCCAAAGUGCUUUGUAGGACUAAUGUAUUCUGCUAGUUCCACAACCACAGUCUGUGCCAUGGAGUUUCGUUUCUGUUUAUUUAGUUUCAUCUUUUUUGGUCCUUAAUUUGUAUGUGCAUGCAUUCAUUCACUGGGCAAAUCCUCACAGAGCACCUAUCACAGACACAGCCCCUGCUCAUUGGUCUUAGCUCUCCAGUUUAACGCUACCUGUCCACAGAAAAAAGUCUAUUGGAUUUGUAACCAAAUAGAUUAAAUUGUCAUGCUUUACCAAAAAAAAAAGAGAGAGACAGAAGUGAAAACAGUGAUUUAUAUGAUCCAACUUAAUGGGUCAUAUA